AUGCCCAGAACGAUCGAGCUCGGACGGGCAGUUUUGAGCUCGCCUGCGACAAAUCUCGAGCUGUGGCUCACCACAUUGAUCACAAUUUCACCACAGCAGGAUUCAACUAACAUCGACCAAUUCAGUUCAGCUUCUCUUCUUGUUCUUCUCUCAUCCGGCGAUGUUUGGGUUGGUCGUGGUAACGGCCUGCAUAUUGACUUGCAUCUCACAUUACGGGGAGAACCCCUUGCUCACAGACAGCUUCAAGAGCUGGCCAACAACAUCGUCAAAGCACCUGUAUGGGAACAAUUGAAAUUGCGACCCUCAAUACCGGCUGAUGCCAUGCAAACAAAUAGAACACUGAUCAUCAACAUUGGCCACUCAGAUGACGGCUCAUCUGAAACUAAGGCUCCCCACCGGGUUCUCUCGAAUGUUCCAGCCGCUGAUGUACGGCCGCCUGAGGGAGUUCCUAAGAUUAGUCUUGAUCGCGUUCGCUUCUUGAUGGAAAUCUUUGAGACAAAACAGCGUCUCCAACCCACGAGACCCAAACGAGUGAAGAUGAUACCAGGCGGGAAUAUAGUAACCUUUUCAUCACUCAGUAUCUUUGGACCGGAUCACAACAAUGAGUCAGAUGAUAUUCUGGUUGAGCCAAGUCCUGCCGCCAGUUUAUUGCAACGUGAGAGUCUGACGUCUACUUGUCUACCAGUGGCAUCGCUCGUGAAGAGGAAGCGGAAACGAUCUUCGACGUAUAUGGAUCUGAAACCGGCUGCUUCUUCGUUGCAUGAUCCUACCCACGACAGGCCGCCGCCCACAUCUUCCAAUCUACGGUCAAGUACACUUGCAGAAACUAAUGAUUCUGACUUGGUAGGUAUUGAAGUCAUGAUUGAUGGAGCACUACGACUUUCUGCUAGUGGCAGUCUUAGUACUAGAUCCUCAAACGGUGUCAAGAUCAAAGCGAACACAUUUAGCCAGAGUCUCAUGGAGGUGGCUCCGAUCCUGUGGAGUCCUGGAUACUUGCUUGCGCUAUCACAACGAGCUCAACUACUCUCGGUGGUUAGCCGUUCUCUCACCCAAACAGCUUAUUUACGAGCGACGUCUAUGUCACUCAAAGACAAAGUUGCAAAACUGGUUUUAGAUCGAGCUACAGUUGGAUGGUCUGACGCAGCUACUGUCGAGCCAAGUGUCGGACAACUAUCCUCAACCCUGGCAAGCCGCCUCUGGUUGUAUCUGCAAAAGAACCUGGAAUGCAAAUCAACGCCUGGGUUGCAGGCAUUUGUAGUUUCGAAACAACAGAACACAAGUAGCGCGGAUCAGGAGCGUUCAGGGCAGAAGAAGGGACUUCGCCGUAUAUCUCGGUCUGCUAUCGACAUGAAUGAGAGCGGAGAUUCUGAGGACGAUGAGUUGCUCCACGAGGUAAACCAUGCGUUCCGUACGGGAGACGGUGAGUCUCCGCUCCAAGGGCUUGUCCCUGUAAUCACAGAACAUGAUCGGCAGGACUCUGGGGUUGUUGAAGAUGAUAUGUUGCUCCACACCAACACAGAAUCAGCCGUACCUAGAGCAUGCAUCAAUUUGUGCGCUGGCGGAGAUGUCGUUGCGCCACAUCCCGAAGUUGCGUCCUCUCAUUUCUACGAAGACGCUGUGACAAAUGUUCAGUAUAGUCUUGGCUCAUGUCAACCAUCAGAAACGAGCUCCUCCGUUCUUGGACCCAAAACCUUGCCGAUAUUCGCCGGGGGAAAAAGGUCGUGGGAUACACAGUUGGUGUCUGACAAUUAUGGGGAAGAAGACGGAGAGUGGGCUGUGGAGAAACUGGUUCCGGCUUUCUGA